AUGAACCUCUAUCGCAAUCUUAUAGCCAUAUUUUUAUGCCUAUUUGUAAAAUAUGGAUCCAAACCCGUAGAAUCAGCGGUAUCUAUUACACACAAUUCUUCUAGUACCACACCUUCUGGAGGUUCAGGCGGGUCUGAAUCCGUUACAGCUGAAGGAGCUAGUACUACACCUCCUGCUGCUACUGAGACAUCCUCUGUAGCUUCUAAACCUCAAGAUACUUCAGGUGGCGCUCAGACGGGUCAAUCAGGUACAGCUAGUGCGUCUCCUGUUCCAAGGGCUAGAGCAGGUACUACCUCUGCAGGUAGUACUGCUAGUACUCCAAUCUCGAUUUCACUGGAUAGUGAUGAAGAAGAAGAAUCAGAUGCUAAAUCGGAAUCACAACCUAGUUCUAAACAGGGCACUGGUACAGCUGCACCAACAUCUGGUUCACCAGCUAGUGCUGGACAACCCACUUCUGGUCAGGGAAGUACUGCCACUAGCAAACCAGUAAGUUCAGUUGCACAACAAGCAAGUGCUGGACAACCCACUUCUGGUCAGGGAAGUACUGCCACUAGCAAACCAGCCGUACAACAGCCUAGUUCAUCACCACCCAAAACCUCUACGGAUACCAGUCAAACACAAUCAUCACAAUCACAAGCUACUCCUGCCCCGGGAGCUGGUACACCUGCACCAACAUCUGGUACAUCAGAACCUAAAUCCUCUACUUCUAAAACAGGUGUUGAUAUCAACAUCAAUUCUGAUACUAAGCCCAGUGACAAGUUUGACUAUAAAAAGGAAGGUUAUUACGCCACUUAUACUCCCAAGGGAAACAAUGCCUUCAAACUGGUUAAGGACGAUAAUACUGAAGUAUGGAAGGCCUCUGGCGACACUAAUUAUGCCAGCAAGGUAGAAGUUGAAAUUUUUGAUGACAGUAAAGCAGUUACUGUGUGUUUAGAUGGUGGUAAGAAUAAGGUGUUUAUAAAAGAAAAUGCCAAUAAAUCGUGGACUGAAAUAGAUUUAAACAAAGUAAAUCCGGAGUCAGUUAACGUAGAUUAUUCUUACGAAAGUUACUCUUAUAAAUGUGAACUAAAGGGAGAGACUAGAACCUUUACUGCUAAAUCAGGAUUUGCUUUUAACUGUGCCAAUAAAUAUGUUAAUAAUAAAAAGGUUGAACUUUGGAAAACUGAUAAAGAGAAUGAGUAUUCAAAUAAGAUUGUCAAUGAAGGGAACAAAAUAACAAUUCAAUUUUCCAAUGGUUCUACAAAAGUGAUUACUAAGGGAUCUGAUGGAAAAUGGUCAGGAGAUAGCCAGUCUGGUACAGCCAAACCUUCCACUCCCCAAAAUGGAGUUGAUCUCAACAUAAAGUCAGACUCUAAGUCCAAAGACAAGUUUGAAUACAAAAAGGAAGGUGAAUAUGUCAUUUAUACUGCCAAAGAUAACAACGCUUUCAAACUUGUUAAGGACCACAAAACUGAAGUAUGGAAAGAGACCAACGCCAGCAAUUAUUCCUCUAGGGUUGAGGUUGAAUUUUUAGCCAACGAUGGUAAAGCAGUUACAAUAUUCUUGACUGGAAAUAAGACUAAGAUAUUUAAGAAAAGUAGUAGUAACGAUCCAUGGAACGAGAUUGACACAUCCAAAGUAACUCGGGGUUCAGUAAACAUCAAUUAUCCUAACCAAAGUUAUUUCUACCACAAUGAACUAAAGGGUAGCUGUAGAACAUUUACGGCUAAACAAGGUUUCGCCUUUAACUGUGCCAAUGAAUAUGUUAAUAAUAAUAAGGUGGAAAUUUGGAAAACAGUUAUAGAGAAUGAAAACGCCAAUAAGAUUGAAGUGGAUAGUUUAAAUAACGAUGGUAAGGCAGUUACUGUUCACAUGCCAGAUAACAAGACUAAGUUGUUUAUCAGAAAUAAUAAGAACGAUCCAUGGAAUGAAGUUGAUUUAUCAAAAGUAACUCCAAAGUCAGUGAAUAUCCGGUAUGAACAUGAUAGUCACUUUUACAGUAACAUUUUCAACAACAACGUUAGAACAUUUACUGCUAAAAAGGGAUUCGCUUUUAACGGUGCCAAUGAAUAUGUUAAUAAUGACAAGGUGGAAAUUUGGAAAACUGAUAAAGAGAAUGAAAACGCCAAUAAGAUUGUUUAUGAAGGCGGUAACAAGUUGACCAUCCACAUAGGAGAGGGUACUAGUGCUUCAACUAAGGUGUUCAAUAAGGGAACUGACGGUAAAUGGACAGAAGAUACUUCUGCAUCCACUAAGCAAGCACAAUCUACUCCUGCCAGAGGAGCUGGUUCAACUGCUCCACCAUCUGCUGGUACCGGUGUGCCUAGAACUAGAACAGGUGGUACUGCUGGUGGUACUGCAGGUGGUUCUGCUUCUGGUACUGCAAUGUCCAUUUCGCUAGAUGAUGACGAAGAUGAUGAUCAAUCACAAUCACAGCCUAGUUCUAAACAGGGCACUGGUACAGCUGCACCACCAUCAGGUUCACCAGCUAGUGCCGGACAACAAGCUACUACAGAACAGGGCACCGUACCCAAAACAGCUGGACAACAGCCUGCUACUACUCCUCCAGCACCUGAAAGUGGAGCCCCUGCUACACCACCUCAACCUGGAGCAGCAACUACACCACCAACUCAACCUGCUUCUACUCCACCAACUCAACCUGCUUCUACUCCACCAACUCAACCUGAAAGUGGACAAGCUGCUACUCCACCAACUCAACCUGAAAGUGGACAAGCUGCUACUCCACCAACUCAACCUGAAAGUGGAACAGCUAUUUCACCUGAAUCAGGUGGAGAAGGUUCUCCCACUACACCACCGCCUCAGUCUGGAUCAGGUACUGCUCAACCUGAAUCAGUUGAUAUUACAGUGUCCAGUCUUGCUACAGCUUCCCACCGUAAACCGGAUGAACUUGAUCGACCAAUUUGUUACGAUAAAGGCCCCAAACAUUUAAUACUUGAACUUGAUAUUAAAGUUGAGAGUCCAUGUUAUAAGUCUGUCAAAGAAGAUCAAAUUUCCACGUAUUCCACAAUAGAUGGUUAUGACUUUAUGUUAGUAACACAAGGAGGAAGUAUACUAUACGAGGCCGGAGGUGAGGAAGAGUGUGCUAAAAAGGUCCAAUACUGGGAGGGAGAAAAGCUAGUUAUAUCAGAUGUAGACAACAAAUCUAGAGAAAUUCUUCUUAAUUUAGCCGUUGACGUCAAUAAUAAGCAAAGUACGGAUCAUGUUACAUAUGACAAAGUCGACUGGGAUGGUAUUCACACUUUCACUGCUAUACCUCCAUCAUAUAUAUCUACUGUGAAGAGAGGUGAUGAAGUAUUAUGGAACAGAGGUGUCGGAGACCGCUACGUUACUAGAAUUGCGGUUUCUGAUUAUGAUAAGGACAAACUCAAUAUUAAAUUAGGCUACCACCCCCACGACUCCCACCUCCAGAUUCAAGACAUAGAUGACACGAUUGACCAUUUUGCAGAUGAAUUAACUUACCGUUUCAGUGACAGUGCCAAGCCAGUUAAUGUAAGAUAUAACAAGAGGCUUCUGUGGCAGAAUACAGAGAAUAAAAAUCACAAGUUCUUGAAUCUUAGGAAAAGCCGUAAUGAAAUUUCCGUGGUCGCAAUGGACAUGUCAAAAUUCUAUGUUGUAACAAAGGGCAGUCCUAAGGUAAACGAUGAAUCUAAAUACAACUUCAGAAAGAUUGGCAACAAUGAGGGGCACUAUUUUUUUAAAAAAGGGGUCCAGUGUACUGAAGUUGGUGUUUAUAACGAGCCCAUUUGGAAGCAUAGCGUUAGCGAAUAUAAAGGAGCAUAUCCGAAGGCAGUCAGUUAUUAUGGAAACGAUGAGGUGGUUGUCUCUUUUAGUGAUUUUUCCCUCCAUUUCAGUAGCAAGGCCCUAUUAUGGCGUGUCUUGACAGUAAGCAAUCCAGGUACAACAGUUCCUAAGGAAAGCAAAGAUACUAAGAAAGAUGAAAAAGUUCCUGUACCAUCACCUCAAACUGCCAAACCUACUACACACCAUCAUAUUAAAUUAUAUCAACCUGAUCCCAAUGAUUCUAAAUAUGUUGUGGAACUUGAUUCCUCUAAGUAUAGAUUCAAUAAAGACAAAUUUGUUGAAAAUGUGUAUAAUUAUUACUUCAAUGACGACUCGAAGUGUACAUUAAUUAAGCUCUGGGAUACGAAUCUAUGGCAUUACGAUUAUCAGGUUGAUGAUGGGCAAUUUCCGAAAUCAUUAAUUUAUGAUCCAUCUGAAUAUAGGUUAGCGCUUCAACUUGAUUUAACGAAUAUUUUUUAUUCGAUGGAUGAGAAUGGGAAAUGGACUGCAAUCGACCCAGGUUUGGUGUUGUAUACUAUUGAUCCUAAGGAUGAUACAAAUCUAGUUCAACUUUUUACCAACCAGUAUGGCAUUACUGAGGAUCCUAAUAAUCAAUUUGUGUUCUACUAUCAUUUUAAAGAAGGCGUCAAUUGUUCAUUAGUUAAGUCAGAGGGAGCCGAUGUUUGGAGUCAAGAUUUUUCUAAUCCUAAUCCCAAGUAUCCCUUUAAAAUGAAAUAUGAAGCAAAAUAUCGUUGGCUACUGUUGAAUUUCGAUGGACUAUUUGUGAAUUGCCAAAAAGAUCAAGAUGGCAAAUGGAACUGUAAGGAAACUAAUGUAGAAAUUCCCCAAGAAGAACAAUCAACUGAACCAGAAUUUGAGGACGAUAAAGCUGAUGAAGGUUUAUAUAAACAUAAAUUUGUCCGUGAAACAAAAGACUCUUCUAAACCUAAAACAUUGGAAGACACUUCUGAAUCUCAAACAGCUGUACCCCCAUCUGAAGACUCUACUCAGUCUCAAGUUAGUUCUCAGUCCCAAUCUGAACAGGCUCCUGAAUCUCAACAACCUGCUAGGAAAUCAGCUUCUGAAACUCAUUCUACUUCCACAGUACCUAAAACCUCUACAGGUACCGGUCAAGCACAACCUUCGUCUCGUUCAACUCAACCUAAACCCGCGGAUGCUAAAACUGGUGGUGAACCUAGUAAGCAAACUGCCUCUCAAUCACAGUCUAGUACGCCAGCAGCCAAACCUUCCACUCCCAAAAAUGGAGUUGAUCUCAACAUAAAGUCAGACACUAAGUCCAAAGACAAGUUUGAAUAUAAAAAGGAUGGUGAAUAUGUCAUUUAUACUGCCAAAGAUAACAACGCUUUCAAACUUGUUAAGGACCACAAAACUGAAGUAUGGAAAGAGACCAACGCCAGCAAUUAUUCCUCUAGGGUUGAGGUUGAAUUUUUAGCCAACGAUGGUAAAGCAGUUACAAUAUUCUUGACUGGAAAUAAGACUAAGAUAUUUAAGAAAAGUAGUAGUAACGAUCCAUGGAAAGAGAUUGACACAACCAAAGUUACACGUAGCUCGAUAAACGUAGAUUUUCCUAACCAAAGUUAUUUCUACCACAAUGUACUAAAGGGCAGAUUCAGAACAUUUACGGCUAAACAAGGUUUCGCCUUUAACUGUGCCAAUGAAUAUGUUAAUAAUAAUAAGGUGGAAAUUUGGAAAACAGAUAUAGAGAAUGAAAACGCCAAUAAGAUUGAAGUGGAUAGUUUAAAUAACGAUGGUAAGGCAGUUACUGUUCACAUGCCAGAUAACAAGACUAAGUUGUUUAUCAGAAAUAAUAAGAACGAUCCAUGGAAUGAAGUUGAUUUAUCAAAAGUAACUCCAAAGUCAGUGAAUAUCCGGUAUGAACAUGAUAGUCACUUUUACAGUAACAUUUUCAACAACAACGUUAGAACAUUUACUGCUAAAAAGGGAUUCGCUUUUAACGGUGCCAAUGAUUACGUGAAUAAUGACAAGGUGGAAAUUUGGAAAACUGAUAAAGAGAAUGAAAACGCCAAUAAGAUUGUUUAUGAAGGCGGUAACAAGUUGACCAUCCACAUAGGAGAGGGUACUAGUGCUUCAACUAAGGUGUUCAAUAAGGGAACUGACGGUAAAUGGACAGAAGAUACUUCUGCAUCCACUAAGCAAGCACAAUCUACUCCUGCCAGAGGAGCUGGUUCAACUGCUCCACCAUCUGCUGGUACCGGUGUGCCUAGAACUAGAACAGGUGGUACUGCUGGUGGUACUGCAGGUGGUUCUGCUUCUGGUACUGCAAUGUCCAUUUCGCUAGAUGAUGACGAAGAUGAUGAUCAAUCACAAUCACAGCCUAGUUCUAAACAGGGCACUGGUACAGCUGCACCACCAUCAGGUUCACCAGCUAGUGCCGGACAACAAGCUACUACAGAACAGGGCACCGUACCCAAAACAGCUGGACAACAGCCUGCUACUACUCCUCCAGCACCUGAAAGUGGAGCCCCUGCUACACCACCUCAACCUGGAGCAGCAACUACACCACCAACUCAACCUGCUUCUACUCCACCAACUCAACCUGCUUCUACUCCACCAACUCAACCUGAAAGUGGACAAGCUGCUACUCCACCAACAGGUGGAUCUGGCCAACCUGGAGCAACUACAGGAACUACAACCGAAUCAGGAGGCACUGCUCAACCAAAAGUUAAACUUUUAAAGGCGGAUCCUUCCGAUGCAACCAAAAAUUUGGAACUAGCUUCUAAAGAAUACAGUUCGUCUACAAGCGGAAACGUGGUUACAUAUCAGAUUGCCAAUGGUGUUAGUUGUACCCAAUUGAUGCUAGACGAUGUUUUAUUGUGGGAAUACGAUAAAGAACAACGUGGAGGUGAAUAUCCCAAAUCAGUAGAUCACGAUGCAACCAAUUACGUUGUAGUUCUUAAAUUUGUGGGUUUAGAUAUCAAAUUUGAAAACACCACAGAGGGUUGGGUAUUUACUGAAUCUGGACCACUAGCCGUCAAAUUCCAUGUAGUUGAUCCUAAUGAUGCAACCAAGACAGUCGAACUCGCUAGUAAUAACCUCACAGUAACUCCAAGUGGUGAUAUUACUACAUUCACUAUCGCAGACAAUGUUAAUUGUACCAAAUUACUGUAUGGUCCCAUUUUAUUGUGGGAACACGACACAUCUCAACAGGGUGGAAAGCAUCCAAAGUCAUUAGUUUAUACCAGAUCCACAGAAACACUCGUACUUAAAUUUGAAGGUAUAGAUGUGACUUUUGCAAAGAAUGAUCAAGGUCAAUGGGAGUUCACAGAGACCGAUACAUCCGCAGGUGGACAAGCUGCUACUCCACCAACUCAACCUGAAAGUGGACAAGCUGCUACACCACCAACUCAACCUGAAAGUGGACAAGCUGCUACUCCACCAACUCAACCUGAAAGUGGACAAGCUGCUACUCCACCACCUCAACCUGGAGCAGGUACAGGAACUACUCCACCAGCAGGUGGAUCUGACCAACCUGGAGCAACUACAGGAACUACAACCGAAUCAGGAGGCACUGCUCAACCAAAAGUUAAACUUUUAAAGGCGGAUCCUUCCGAUGCAACCAAAAAUUUGGAACUAGCUUCUAAAGAAUACAGUUCGUCUACAAGCGGAAACGUGGUUACAUAUCAGAUUGCCAAUGGUGUUAGUUGUACCCAAUUGAUGCUAGACGAUGUUUUAUUGUGGGAAUACGAUAAAGAACAACGUGGAGGUGAAUAUCCCAAAUCAGUAGAUCACGAUGCAACCAAUUACGUUGUAGUUCUUAAAUUUGUGGGUUUAGAUAUCAAAUUUGAAAACACCACAGAGGGUUGGGUAUUUACUGAAUCUGGACCACUAGCCGUCAAAUUCCAUGUAGUUGAUCCUAAUGAUGCAACCAAGACAGUCGAACUCGCUAGUAAUAACCUCACAGUAACUCCAAGUGGUGAUAUUACUACAUUCACUAUCGCAGACAAUGUUAAUUGUACCAAAUUACUGUAUGGUCCCAUUUUAUUGUGGGAACACAACGCUUCACAACAGGGUGGAAAGCAUCCAAAGUCAUUAGUUUAUACCAGAUCCACAGAAACACUCGUACUUAAAUUUGAAGGUAUAGAUGUGACUUUUGCAAAGAAUGAUCAAGGUCAAUGGGAGUUCACAGAGACCGAUACAUCCGCAGGUGGACAAGCUGCUACUCCACCAACUCAACCUGAAAGUGGACAAGCUGCUACACCACCAACUCAACCUGAAAGUGGACAAGCUGCUACUCCACCACCUCAACCUGGAGCAGGUACAGGAACUACUCCACCAGCAGGUGGAUCUGACCAACCUGGAGCAACUACAGGAACUACAACCGAAUCAGGAGGCACUGCUCAACCAAAAGUUAAACUUUUAAAGGCGGAUCCUUCCGAUGCAACCAAAAAUUUGGAACUAGCUUCUAAAGAAUACAGUUCGUCUACAAGCGGAAACGUGGUUACAUAUCAGAUUGCCAAUGGUGUUAGUUGUACCCAAUUGAUGCUAGACGAUGUUUUAUUGUGGGAAUACGAUAAAGAACAACGUGGAGGUGAAUAUCCCAAAUCAGUAGAUCACGAUGCAACCAAUUACGUUGUAGUUCUUAAAUUUGUGGGUUUAGAUAUCAAAUUUGAAAACACCACAGAGGGUUGGGUAUUUACUGAAUCUGGACCACUAACCGUCAAAUUCCAUGUAGUUGAUCCUAAUGAUGCAACCAAGACAGUCGAACUCGCUAGUAAUAACCUCACAGUAACUCCAAGUGGUGAUAUUACUACAUUCACUAUCGCAGACAAUGUUAAUUGUACCAAAUUACUGUAUGGUCCCAUUUUAUUGUGGGAACACAACGCUUCACAACAGGGUGGAAAGCAUCCAAAGUCAUUAGUUUAUACCAGAUCCACAGAAACACUCGUACUUAAAUUUGAAGGUAUAGAUGUGACUUUUGCAAAGAAUAACGAAGGUGGUUGGGAGUUCACAGAGACCGAUACAUCCGCAGGUGGACAAGCUGCUACUCCACCAACUCAACCUGAAAGUGGACAAGCUGCUACUCCACCACCUCAACCUGGAGCAGGUACAGGAACUACAACCGAAUCAGGAGGCACUGCUCAACCAAAAGUUAAACUUUUAAAGGCGGAUCCUUCCGAUGCAACCAAAAAUUUGGAACUAGCUUCUAAAGAAUACAGUUCGUCUACAAGCGGAAACGUGGUUACAUAUCAGAUUGCCAAUGGUGUUAGUUGUACCCAAUUGAUGCUAGACGAUGUUUUAUUGUGGGAAUACGAUAAAGAACAACGUGGAGGUGAAUAUCCCAAAUCAGUAGAUCACGAUGCAACCAAUUACGUUGUAGUUCUUAAAUUUGUGGGUUUAGAUAUCAAAUUUGAAAACACCACAGAGGGUUGGGUAUUUACUGAAUCUGGACCACUAGCCGUCAAAUUCCAUGUAGUUGAUCCUAAUGAUGCAACCAAGACAGUCGAACUCGCUAGUAAUAACCUCACAGUAACUCCAAGUGGUGAUAUUACUACAUUCACUAUCGCAGACAAUGUUAAUUGUACCAAAUUACUGUAUGGUCCCAUUUUAUUGUGGGAACACGACACAUCUCAACAGGGUGGAAAGCAUCCAAAGUCAUUAGUUUAUACCAGAUCCACAGAAACACUCGUACUUAAAUUUGAAGGUAUAGAUGUGACUUUUGCAAAGAAUGAUCAAGGUCAAUGGGAGUUCACAGAGACCGAUACAUCCGCAGGUGGACAAGCUGCUACUCCACCAACUCAACCUGAAAGUGGACAAGCUGCUACUCCACCAACUCAACCUGAAAGUGGACAAGCUGCUACUCCACCACCUCAACCUGGAGCAGGUACAGGAACUACUCCACCAGCAGGUGGAUCUGACCAAUCAGGUGAAGGUGCUGCUCCUACAAAUUAA